UUUCCACUACACUCACAAAUUCUUUCACCACCUCCAUUAUACCUCUCCUUCCCACGACAUCUAUUAAUCUCAACUUUCACCCUCAUAUCACAAACUAAUAAUUAAUUAAUUAUUAAUUACACUAUUUACUUACCAUGUCCAGUUCAAUGCAAAACGGUACCGUUCAAGGCUCAUCUUCAUCGUCACGGCCCAACGGCGCCGAUCAACAACCAACUGUGGUAGCUCCGUUGAGCCGUUACGAGUCACAGAAGAAACGUGAUUGGAACACUUUUGGUCAAUACUUAAGGAACCAAACACCACCAGUUUCUUUGUCUCAGUGCAACUUCAACCAUGUGCUUGAGUUUCUACGUUACUUAGAUCAAUUUGGAAAAACUAAGGUUCACUUGCACGGUUGCAUCUUUUUCGGACAACCCGAUCCACCGGCACCUUGCACUUGUCCUUUGAGACAAGCUUGGGGAAGUCUUGAUGCACUCAUCGGACGGCUUAGAGCCGCUUACGAAGAACAUGGUGGAUCGCCGGAGAAUAACCCAUUUGGAACCGGAGCUAUUCGUGUUUACCUUCGUGAAGUUAAGGAGUGUCAAUCAAAGGCUAGAGGGAUUCCAUACACAAAGAAAAAGAAGAAGAGAAGUCAAAUUAAGGGAACUCACAAUAAUACUUCCAAGUCCUUCAAGCAAUUAGCUUCUUGAGAUUCAUGGGCUACAAGAAUGACUUACUAGGAUUGGGAAUGUAACUUGCCAAGGAGAACUACAAGUAUCAUCUGCACUUCAUCUGCUGAAAAUUAAUCACAAGAAAAUAUUGAUGGAUCCCAAUUUGUAAAACAGAACAUCAAAAUAAUCUUUUUGAAGCAAGUUAAUUUGUUCUGAGUAAGUCUUAUAUAUAUAUAUAUAUAUAUAUAUAUAUAUGUAUAACAACCUUGUAAGUUUAUCACAUAUUAGACCUCAUCUUCAAAUUAGCUAGCUAGAAAUGGUAAGAAUGCUGCUUAUAGUUUUACAG